AUGACCUCUAAAAACAACGAAGAGAGAAUAGUGUUAAAUGUUGGUGGUAUCAAGUAUGAAACUUUACGAUCCACUUUAACUGCUUAUCCCGAAACAUUACUUGGAACCAUGUUUAGCGAACGCAAUCAAGAAAUGCUUCAUCCCGUUAACGGAAACGAAUACUUUAUUGACAGAAACGGUCGGGCAUUUCAUUACAUAAUGGAAUUCUAUCGUACUGGAAAACACACGUGGGAUCCAGAUAUUGGACAUCAACAUUUAAAAAGCGAAUCAAAUUCAAUCGAAUGUCUUGUGGUAACCAAGAAAGAACUCGACGAGGAGUUGGAUUAUUUUCAAAUUCCUAUCCCGAAUAUUCUUCAAUUACGUGAAUUUUACAUCGACCUCGCUAAAGAUAUUGGAAAAAUUGUUACAGUCACCUCAGACUUGAUUUAUGAAGCAAUCAAAAGGUUAGAAAGUCAAAUAAUCAUUAUCUUUUCCCCUUUUACGGUUAAAUUUGGAAAAAAGGGGCCACCCGAGGUCUUGUCCCCGCUCCCUAGAGUACAAAAGAUUUUCGAGAUCUUUGGCGAAGAAAUUAAUGAGCAAUUACAAGCAACUUAUCCAAUGUUGACAUAUCAAUUUAACCAUAGUUCG